GAUAAAAUUUAGUGUAAUUUUGUCUAUUUUCAAAUUUCAAUGAGUGGACCAAAUAUGUUUUGAUUCAUUCCAUCUACCACCAAUUAAUAUGAGCGAAGCUCUCCAUAUUCCACAUUCAUACUCUGUCUUCUAACCUUGUAAGAGUUGACUGACUUGGAAUCCUCUCAUCAUCCAAAACAGUGAGUCAAUGUCUUCAUCAUCAUCAUCAUCAUCCACUUCUCAAUGGAUCUACGAUGUUUUCCUCAGCUUCAGAGGGGAAGAGACUCGUCGUAACUUCGUUUCUCAUCUCCACAGCGCCCUCUCAAAUGCCGGAAUCAACACUUACAUCGACGACCGGCUUCAAAGAGGAACAGAGCUAGAACCAGAACUAAUGCUAGCAAUAGAAAGUUCUCGUAUUUCAAUAAUUGUUUUCUCCAAAACCUAUGCUGAAUCUAGUUGGUGUCUUAAAGAGCUUGAACAAAUCAUGAAAUGCCGCAGAAAUUGUGGUCAGGUUGUUGUGCCAAUAUUUCACGACGUUGAUCCAUCAGCUUUGCGUCAUCAGACGGGUUCUUAUGGAAUUGCUUUGCAAACUACUUCAAAAAGAAGAUCAUCAGCAGCGGAAAUGAUGGAGGAUGAAUUUUCCAAUUGGAAUAGUACACUAACUGAAGCUGCAAAUAUAUCUGGCUGGCAUGACAAAAAUUUCAAGAAUGAAGCUGAACUGAUUUCUCAAAUUGUUGGCGACGUUAAGAGAAAACUAGACAAAAGAUUAUUGAAUAUUACCGAAUAUCCGGUUGGAUUGGAUGCCCCUGUUCAACAAGUGAUUCAGUUUAUUGAAAAUCAAUCAAACAAAGUUUGCUUGAUAGGGAUCUGGGGGAUGGGUGGAUCGGGUAAAACAACGCUAGCCAGAGCUAUCUACAACAAAUUUUAUUGCAAAUUUGUGGAUCACAGUUUCAUUGAGAAAAUUAGAGAAGUUUGUAAUAGAGGUGAUGAAGAGAUUAUUCAUUUACAAGAACAACUUCUUUCAAAUCUCUUGAAAACAAAUGAGAAGAUAUAUAAUGCUGCAUCUGGUAAAGCCACACUUAAGAACAUAUUUAAGGUGAAAAAGGCACUCAUUGUACUCGAUGACGUGAGCACAUCCGAGCAAGUGGAAACCCUAUGUGGAAAUCGUAAAUAUUUUGUUUCGGGAAGUGUAUUGAUUGUUACAUCCAGAGAUGUACACAUACUUAAGAAACUUAAAGUUGACUAUAUCUAUAGCAUAAAGGAAAUGGACGAAAUCAAGUCCCUUGAGCUCUUCAGUUGGCAUGCUUUUGGACAACCACGUCCGAUUGAAGGCUUCAGUGAACUCUCAGAAAAGAUAGUUGCUUGCUGUGGAGGAUUACCACUGGCUCUUGAAGUCAUUGGAUCUUCCUUAAGUGAAAGGACAAGAAAAGCACACUGGACAUGUACACUUUCAAAAUUAAGGAGAAUUCCCAAUGAUAGGGUGCUAAAGACACUUAAAAUAAGCUAUGAUGGUUUAAAGGAUGAUUUGGUAAAGGAUAUAUUUCUUGACAUAUGCUGUUUCUUUAUUGGCAAGGACAUAUCCUAUGUUACAGAGAUACUAAAUGGCUGUGGACUUUUUGCUGAUGCUGGAAUAGCUGACCUCAUUGAUCAGAGCCUCCUAAAAGUUGAGAAGAAUAGCAAGCUCGGAAUGCAUGAUUUGCUACGAGACAUGGGAAGGGAGAUUGUUAAAAGAUCAACAAAAAAGCUUGGGAAGCGUAGUCGAUUGUGGUUUCACGAGGAUGUACGCGAGGUUUUGAAUGGAAAUAGUGGAACAGACUCCGUGGAAGGAUUGGUUUUGAAGUCGCAAAGCAACAUGAAUGUUUCGUUCAAGGCUGAUUCUUUCAUGGAGAUGAAGAAGUUGAGACUUUUACAACUUAAUCAUGUUGAUCUUACUGGAGAUUAUGUGCACCUUUCUCAAAAACUGAGAUGGCUCCAUUGGCAGGGAUUUACAGACGACUGUAUACCUGACAGCUUUUAUCAAAAAAAUCUAGUUGUUUUUGAGUUAAAACACAGCAAUAUUAAACAACUUUGGAAUGAAACCAAGUUGAUGGAGAAGCUGAAAAUUCUCAAUCUCAGUUAUUCCAAGCACUUGACAUGCACUCCCGACUUUUCCAAAUUACCGAAUCUAGAAAAGCUCAUUAUGAAGGACUGUUCAAGCUUGUCCGAGUUACACCACUCAAUUGGGGAUCUCGAGAAUAUUCUACUGAUAAAUUUGAAGGACUGUACAAGUCUUAGAAAUCUCCCAGAGAAGGUCUAUCAGUUGAAGUCAUUGAAAACUCUCAUCCUUUCUGGUUGUUCAAAGAUUGACAAGUUGGAAGAAGACAUAGAACAGAUGGAACCCUGGACAAACGGUACAGGUGUAAAAGAGAUUCUAUAUUCAAUAAUAGGAUUGAAAAGGAUCACAUAUAUAUGUGGAUGUGAAUUAUCAUUUGAAGUUUUUCCAUCUGUCAGUUGGUCACGGAUGUCACCAACCGUGGAGUUUCCACCUUUUAUUUCCCCAUUUGAUAACCACUAUGAUAUAAAUUUUAGAGAACCGGAAACAUCACAAAACUCAAACCUUUCCUUGAGAAAGCUUUUGAUUGGAAUGGGAAGUUGCCACAUUGUCACUGAUAGUCUUGGCAAGAGUAUACCACAGGGAUUAACAACCAAUGAUUCGAGUGAAUUUUCCCUUCUGGGUGGCAAUUAUCCUUCUUGGUUAGCCUAUACAGGUGAAGGACCUUCAGUACGAUUUCAAGUUCCUGAGAAUAUUGAUUGUCAAGUGAAGGGAAUAAUCUUAUGUGUUGCUUAUUCAUCAACACCUAAAAACAUGGUCGCUGAAUGUCUUACCAAUGUCUUGAUCAUUAAUUACACAAAGUUCACCAUUCACAUAUAUAAGCGAGACACGUUAAUGCCCUUUAAUGGUGAAGAUUGGAAGAGUGUAACAUCAAAUCUAGGACAUGGUGACGAUGUGCAUAUUUGUCUAGUUUUUGGGCAUGGAAUGAUUGUUAAGGAGACAACUGUUUAUCUAAUUUAUGGCCAGUCAGUUACUACGGAACUUGAAAAAUCUAUGGAAGUCGAGCCAUCAACUAACAUGGAAAUGGAGCCAACAGAGGAAGUGAAUGUGCAGCUGUCACCUGAAGUGGACAUGCAACCAUCACCUGAUGCAAAGCUGGAGGCAUCAAUUACUAUGGAAAUUGAACAUUCAAUUUCUGUCCAUGUCGGCAGCACCUAUGGAAUCAGAUUUGGAAAUUGAUCUGAAAAUUAUUUCAUCUUUUACUCCUUUGCAGGAUCCUAUUGUGAUUCCUCACAUAGAGAUUCCUGAAACAAGAGUAGAAGAUCAUAUUCCACCUGCACCUCCAGUUUCUCCACCCUCUCCUGAAGAAAAUAAGUUGGCCAUUAUAGUGUUUGAGCAAUCAUUUACUGAAGAAACUACUGCUGUGGAAUUUGAGCUUUCAAAGCCUGCAUCACUUUUUCUGGAACAUGAAGCUCCAACUGUUGAGUCUACUGAAGUUGGAUCAUCAUCUACUGCUCCUCCACCUGCAUUUGUGACUCUGGAAUCAUUUGACUCGUAUGUGGCAUCCAAUAAUGCAAUAAAUGAAGCCAAUACCGAGAAAGUUGGCACAAUAAUAGCCACCCAACUCCAGAUGCAGCAGACCCUUCAGCUUAUCCUAGAGAAAGUUACCAAACCCUAGUUUCUCUUUAUCUGUUUCUAUGAUUGUCUUUAUAUUUGUGUUUCUUUUGUCUAUGUUUCUCUGUUAUGUGUUUGUGACUUUCUGUGUUUGUUUAAUGAUUAAUGAAUUCAGUUUUGUUUGUUUACUUA